GUUCAGCAGACAUGGCGGCGUACAGGAGCAGGACCUCAGAGGCUGUGCAGAGACUGCUGUUCUCUGUAAAGUUUGCCUCAUUCCAGUCCAGAUGCUGCACGCAGGCCUGUAAGGCACAUUACAGCACUGUCCAUGAUCCCAGUGAAAAGACCUUCGAUAAGAUCCUCAUCGCCAACAGAGGAGAGAUUGCCUGCCGGGUAAUGAAGACGUGCAGGAAGAUGGGUAUCAGGACGGUAGCCGUGCACAGUGACGUGGACGCCAGCGCUGUCCACGUGAAGAUGGCUGACGAGGCAGUGUGUGUGGGUCCUGCUCCGACCAGCAAGAGCUACCUCAACAUGGACGCCAUCAUGGAUGCCGUCACAUCAACCGGAUCGCAGGCGGUUCAUCCUGGCUACGGCUUUCUGUCUGAAAACAAAGAGUUUGCCAGGCGACUGGCUGCAGAGGGGGUGACCUUCAUUGGCCCGGACACUCAUGCUAUCGAGGCCAUGGGAGAUAAGAUCCAGAGCAAGCUAAUUGCUAAGGCUGCCAAGGUCAACACCAUACCAGGGUUCGACGGGGUGGUCAAGACCACCGAGGAAGCUGUGAAGAUCGCACAGGACAUCGGUUACCCAGUGAUGAUCAAAGCAUCUGCAGGAGGAGGAGGAAAAGGAAUGAGGAUCUCCUGGAAUGAUGAAGAGACCAGGGAAGGUUUCCGGUUCUCAUCUCAGGAGGCGGCCUCCAGCUUUGGAGACGACCGGCUGCUGAUUGAGAAGUACAUCGACAACCCGAGACACAUAGAGCUACAGGUGUUGGCUGAUAAACAUGGUAAUGCUCUGUGGCUGAAUGAAAGAGAAUGUUCUAUCCAGAGGAGGAACCAGAAGGUUGUAGAAGAAGCUCCGAGUACGUUUCUGGAUUCAGCUACACGUCGGGCGAUGGGUGAACAGGCGGUGCAGCUAGCUAAAGCUGUUCAGUAUUCAUCGGCUGGCACUGUGGAAUUCCUUGUUGACUCCCAGAAAAACUUCUACUUCCUGGAGAUGAACACCCGGCUACAGGUGGAGCAUCCCAUCACGGAGUGUAUUACGGGCUUGGAUCUUGUUCAGCAGAUGAUCCGUGUGGCCAAAGGAUAUCCUCUCCAGCACAGACAGGAAGACAUCCCCAUCAAUGGCUGGGCCAUAGAGAGUCGUGUGUAUGCCGAGGACCCCUACAAGUCCUUUGGUCUUCCUUCUAUUGGGCGGCUGACUCGAUAUAAAGAACCCCUUCACCUCAAGGAUGUGAGAGUAGACAGCGGCAUCCAGGAAGGCAGUGACAUCAGUAUCUACUAUGACCCCAUGAUCUCCAAGCUUGUCACCUAUGGUGCUACACGGGCGGAGGCACUGGCCAAGAUGGAGGAUGCCCUGGAUAACUACGUCAUCAGAGGCGUGGCUCACAACAUCCCUCUGCUGCGAGAGAUCAUUACACACCCUCGCUUCAUCUCUGGGGACAUCAGCACCAACUUCCUGCCUGAGGUUUACCCCGAUGGGUUCAAAGGUCACCAGCUGAGUGUGGAGGGGCAGAGGGAAUUGAUCGCCUCAGCUGCAGCUCUUUACAUCUCCUCUCAGCUCCGCUCUCAUAAAUUUCAAGGCAGUCAGCGAGUUUCCAUCAUGCCACAGGAGCGCCAUCAGUGGGAGCUGUGUGUGGAGCUGGAAAAGGAAUAUCAUACUGUGGCUGUUAAAAGAUCUGGAAAUGUCUACACUGUGGAGGUGGGAGGUGAGGAGGUUGUGGUUAGUGGUGAGUGGAACUUGGCCUCCCAGUUGCUUCCCCUUACCAUCAAUGGCACACAAAGGAUGCUGCAGUCCAUGUCCAGAGAUGCUUCAGGACAGAUCAAUCUGCAAUACCUGGGCACAUCGUUUCAAGUGCGUGUGCUGCCCAGACUGGCUGUUGAGUUGAGCUCCUACAUGCCAGAGAAAGUUCCCGAAGACACCAGCAGCAUCCUGAGGUCACCCAUGCCUGGCACAGUGGUAGCUGUUUCUGUCAAGCCUGGGGAUAUGGUGGCAGAGGGUCAGGAGAUUUGUGUGAUUGAAGCCAUGAAGAUGCAGAACAGCAUGGCUGCUGCCAAGACUGCCAAGGUGAAGAGUGUUCACUGUAAGCCUGGAGAGACAGUGGGAGAGGGAGACUUACUGGUUGAACUGGAGUAAAACACGAUAACCAGCACUCCUAUAAGCUUCUCCUACUUGUUCAUGGUGUGUGCGUGUGCGUAUGAGUGUGUGUGUGUGUGUGUGAGAGAGAGAGAGAUGAGGGGAUUCCACAUAUUUGUGGUGACUUUCUUUUUUAAAUAAUGAACUAAUAAAAGGAAAUAUGACUCUAUAA